AUGAGACUACCAUUCAAGUAUACAAGGGCCCAACUUGAGGUUUUCAGGUUUGGAUUCUGUCUUCUAGCUCCGGUAGCUGUGAUGUAUUAUAUUGGUACAGACACCGAUAAAAAGCUAAAUGUCCCAGGGUUUUGGCCGGAUCCAGAAACUUUAAACAAGAUCCCUAAGGAGCGUUAUGAAAUCAAAGCAGAACUAGCCAGGAUGAAGAAGGAAAGAUUGGAAAAGAGACUAAGGUUAGAAAGAAAGAUUGCUGAAGAAUAUGGAAUUGAUAUUGAAGCUGAAAAAGAGAAGAUCAGACAAGAAGAGCGUGCUUUGAAAGAAGCAAAAGAAGCUGAACUGGGCCUGAAGAACUCAGCACCAUCAGAGCAAACCUAA